CCUGCCACACUGUCAAGAUGGUGGCGACCACAGUGGAGCAUGUUGUGGUGGAUGCUGGAGCUUUUAUUAAAAGAGCUCCGUUGCACGAAAUUGGCAAGAACAUUUAUACCUUGAAGGAUGUUGUUGAUGAAAUUCGGGAUAAACCAACUAAAAGGAGCUUAGCUUUUUUGCCAUACAAGCUCGAUUUUAAAGAACCAUUUCCAGAGAACAUUCAGUUUGUUACAGAGUUUGCUAAAAAGACAGGAGAUUAUCCCAGUCUCUCAGCAACGGACAUCAAGGUUUUGGCUCUGACUUAUCAACUGGAAUGUGAAAAUGUGGGGACUGAGCAUUUGAAGAAAGAACCUGAAAAACAGGUCCAGAUAUGCAGUACACAGAGACAUCCAGAGACUCCUGUUGGCAUUGCUGGUUUCCAUUUUCCUUCAAAAUCUCCAGGUAAACCUGCUAUCCAAAGCCCACCUACAACGAAUGAGCCACAUGAUCCUGUUAGUUCACAGUUCAACAGCUUUCAGUUUUGGAGGAAUCCUCUUCCCAGCAUUGAGUCUGACCUUCUGGAGCUGCUGGCAGCAGAUGCCAUCACAGUCACAAAGAAGCUGGAGUCUGUCGAUCUCUCGGCUGAAUCUGAAGAGCAUGAUGGCACUAUUGGAGAGCAGCCAGAAGAGGAAGAAGAAGAGGAAAUCAACAGUGAUGAUGAGGAAGAAGAGGAUGAGGAUGAUGAUGGUGGAGGUUGGAUUACUCCUAGCAACAUCAAGCAGGUCCAGAUGGAUGCUGGUGUACGGGGACCUUCAGCGGACGUCAAAGUAGGCUGCGUGACUACAGAUUUUGCCAUGCAGAAUGUUCUGAUUCAGAUUGGACUGAAUGUGCUGUCUGUAAAUGGUAUGCUCAUUAAAAACACCAGGAGUUAUAUACUGCGAUGUCAUGCAUGCUUCAAGACUACAACAAACAUGAACAAAAGUUUUUGUCCGAAUUGUGGAAACAGCACAUUGAAGAAGAUUGCCGUCACCCUUAAUGAGGACGGUACCAUGCAGAUGCAUUUCUCCAGGAACCCCAAAGUGCUGAAUCCAAAGGGGAAGAGAUACUCUUUGCCUAUGCCACAAGGAGGAAAACACGGCAACAACCCACACCUGGUGGAAGAUCAGCGUUUCCCUCAGCAGAGAAUGUCUAGAAAGGCUCGUCAGAAGACUAAUGUGUUUGAUCCAGAUUACCUGGCCAGCAGCUCUCCGUUCUCCGAGCACGACGUCUACAGCAAAUCAGCCAGCUUACAACUGCGGGACGGCCAGACCGGCGGAGGACGUCGGCGUACAAAUCCUAACGCCGCUCGGAAGAAGUUCGUGAAGAAGUGAUUGUUGAUCUCACACUACCUGCAGGAUCUGGAC